AUGGAAACUGAUCCCGGAUUCAUCGCCGCUCUCGAGGAGGCCAAGCAAGGAUUGGCCGAGGGAGGUGUCCCCAUUGGAGCUGCCUUGGUGUCCAAGGAUGGCAAGAUCCUCGGCCGCGGUCACAAUAUGCGCGUCCAGAAGGGCAGCGCCGUCUUGCAUGCUGAGAUGUCUGCGCUUGAGAACUCGGGUCGGUUGCCCGCUUCGGCCUACGAAGGUGCCACCAUGUACACCACCCUGUCGCCAUGCGACAUGUGCACCGGGGCCUGUAUCCUCUACAAGGUGAAGCGCGUCGUCAUCGGCGAGAACAAGAACUUCAUGGGCGGGGAGGAAUACCUUCUCAACCGUGGGAAGGAAGUGGUGGUCUUGGAUAACAAGGAGUGCAAGAAGUUGAUGGAGGACUUUGUCAAGGACAAGCCGGAGCUCUGGAACGAGGACAUUGCCGUCUGAGUCAUCGUGAGAAACGGAUUUUGCAGAUACGCUGCAGCGGAGAUAUCCAACAUGUAUAUAUAUAUA